AUGGAACAUGCUCCAGAAAAAUCAAAUAAAAUCUGGAUUCUGAAAUCAGAAAGUCUCCUACCUUUCCAACUCCACAAUCUUCGUAAGUUGUCACGACUUCGGAGGUCCAUAUGUCUAAUAUUCUUUUCCUCCAGCUUUGCUCGUUUAAGUUGCAAAGCCUCUUUCCUCCUCUUGCGUUCAUUCUCCUUCUUCUCUUCUAAACGUUUAGCCGCCUUUGCCGCCUCCAGAGCCUUCACCUUGACAUCUUUUUCUCCUACAAGAUUAGAGAGUGAAAGAUCAUAUAAUUUGGAGCAUAUAAAACCUAAGCAAAAUAGAAAGAGAAAUGCAUUCAUAGAUGUGAUCUCCAAGAAGAAUACCAAAAGAAAGAAGAGUUACCAUCACAUUCUUUCGCUGCUUGUUUUUGUUGUACCAGUGUCUUCCUCAAUCGGGAAGCAUGUUAGUUCUGGAUUUGAACUUGAACGCUUCUCUGAACUCCCGCAUGUCAAAGUCAACCUUGUCCGGUACAAGAUCCAGUCCACCACUAUCUGCUUGUCCAUCUACAAUAAACCCCUCGAGUACAGGCAUAGAUUGAUCAACAUCAAUGAGAUCCAGGUCUACAGUUCUUGGAGAGAGAACAGAAGCUUGUGCCUGUUCACCACUUCCCUCCUUGGGAGAUUGUAUACCUUCAAGCAUUGUAUUGGUGAGACUCGGAGCCAACUACCCAAGUUGGAGUCACCAUUUGGAGUUCUUAACAUCGUCACGGUUAAGCAACAUUCUUCACAGGAUCAGGAGCUAGCCACUUUGAACAUGCCAGCUUUCCAGAACAAGUUGGUCCUCAUAGGAGCUGGCCUAGAAUGCCACCAUCAGCCUUGGCAGACUGAGAACGGAUUGCGGGAUCAGAAGCCUCAAUAUCAAAGGCAUUUUGUUGGUCAGAACCAUAAGAUGGAACAGCACUUCUUGCUCUGUGACUCUGGAAAUCUCCUGCAAUUGAUUCUCGGUUGUCACAGCCUUUAG